CUCACAUUUGUCCCAAUAUUUCUCAUUCAAUCCGAAUGCAAAAAUGGAUCUCGCACGCCGCCAUCACUCUCCUCCGCCGGAAAAACCAACUCCGGCAGGGAAGAAACGGGCGGGGCGGAAGGUGGUGCAGGAGACGCGCCACCCCAUCUACCGGGGAGUACGGCGGAAGAACGGCGGGAAAUGGGUGUGCGAGGUUCGUGAGCCAAACAAGAAAUCAAAAAUAUGGCUAGGGACCUUCCCUAGCCCCGAGACGGCCGCGGUCGCCCACGACGUGGCCUCCCUGGCCCUGCGUGGGGACCACGCGCCGCUCAACUUCCCGGAGGCCGCCGCUCGGCUCCCCCGCCCCCGGUCGGCCUCCCACCACGACAUCCAGCGGGCGGCCUCUGAGGCCGCCCGGGAUUUCUGCCCUAUAUGGACGUCUCAGUCCGCCAGGGUGAGUUCCCGAGAUAAUAAAAUAAUAAUAAAUUCACCAGACACUAAUUCGUCUAGCGAAAAGGACGAUUCUGUUGACCUUGGUCAGACAGAAUCGUCUGAGGAUUGUUGGUCGGGCGGAUUUGUAGACGAGGAGGCGGUGUUUAACAUGCCGGCGUUGCUAGAUAGUAUGGCGGAGGGGAUGCUUCUAACUCCUUUGGGUAUGAAGAAAGGGUUCAAUUGGAGUGAAUAUGAUGAUGAGGUGGAUGAUCAAGCCAUGGAGUUGAAUUUGUGGGUGAACUAGUUGAGUUUAGGGUAUAAUGAUUAUAAUGGUUUCUCGUUGUCCUAGUGAUCCAAUCCUAAUCACUGGUUGAGGUGAAAUUUCUUACUAGUUAAGUUGUAUUUCAUCGUCUUUUGCGAUUUAUGAGAUUUGCCUCUCAUUUUUUUCGCAAUUGUAUAAUUUUAAAAAAGUAUCAAU